AUGGGCUUUCCUGAGCCGGGAGGUAGCAAUGACAUCACUUGUGUCCUGGUCACCUGCAGUGCCCUCUACAUGAGGCUCUCCUUGAAGAUCAGCACCCAGAAGCAUCCAUUCAAAUCCGUCUUGCUCUGCGGGGCCACCAUGGGGCCACUGGUCACCACCUCAGAGCCGGCGCUGGACAGGCAGUCAGUGCGGCCCAUGACCGGCAGCGGGAUCUGCAGCAGGGCUGUCUCGGCCACUGUCCUCGUGAGCACUGUGACGGCCCUGUGUGUGGGGAUCCUCCUAGUGUACCUCCUGGGGGAACGAGGAACCCACUUUGAGCACCUGGCAGAGCUGCAAGGGAUCCCCUACCGGAGCAGUUUGCAGCGGCCCAGUUCGAGAUACUCCCGCCUGCUGACCCCUAUUCUGGAGCAGCUGUUCCAAAGCAGCUUUCAGAAUUCGCCUCUGGAUGGCAGCUGCUCCAGGUGCACCAUCUUGCAGUACAGGAAGGGCAACACCAGCAUCAUUGUCCGCUUCCACCUCUGCUUCUCUGCGCAGCCGCUCAGCCCUGCUAUCGAAGAGGAUGUGCUGAGGCAGGGAUUGGCAGCCACUGUGGGCACCGACGGCAUCAGGGUGCCCGCCUACGGCACCAUCUCAGCCGCCUCCCUCCUGGGGCCGUGGGACCUCACCUUCUCGGGCACGGCGCUCAAGGCAGGAAGGUGUCCCGAGGAGGCCUUUGCCUGCCACAACGGCCAGUGUGUGGCCACAGGAAAUGUGCAGUGCGACGGGCGGCAGGACUGCACGGAUGGCUCUGACGAGGCUGACUGCGACUGUGGGGUGCGGCCGGCCAUGCGAGCGGCCACCCGGAUCGUCGGGGGCUCAGAGGCCAUGCCGGGCGAGUUCCCUUGGCAGGUCAGCCUGAGGGAGAGCAGCGAGCACUUCUGCGGGGCAGCUGUCCUCACGGCCACGUGGCUGGUGUCUGCCGCGCACUGCUUCAACGAGUUUCAGGACCCCGGCACCUGGACCGCCCAGGCAGGCAGCGUCCAGCUCAGCGGCAGUGGGGGCCGCCCGGCCAAGGCAAGGGUCCUGCGCAUCCUCCAGCACCCCUCCUACAACGUGGAGAGCGCCGACUACGAUGCGGCCCUGCUGGAGCUGGCCGAGCCCCUCGUCCUCGGCCGAUACGUCCAGCCCGUCUGCCUGCCGGCCCCCUCCCACCGCUUCCACCCCGGCAGAAAGUGCCUCAUCUCCGGCUGGGGGUACCUGAAGGAAGACUUCUUGGUAAAGCCGGAGCUCCUGCAGAAGGCCACGGUGGAACUGCUGGAUCAGGCCCUGUGCAGCAGCCUCUAUGGCGGCAGUGUGCUCACCGACAGGAUGAUGUGUGCAGGCUACCUGGAGGGCAAGGUUGACUCCUGCCAGGGGGACUCGGGGGGCCCGCUGGUCUGCCAAGAGCCCUCUGGCCGCUUCUUCCUGGCAGGCAUAGUCAGCUGGGGGAUCGGCUGUGCAGAGGCCAGGCGCCCAGGCAUCUACACCCAAGUAAUCAGGCUCCGGGACUGGAUCCUCAAGACCAUUGCCACAUUCACGGGCCCCCCCGCUUCAACCACCCUGGGCGCUGGGCUCCAUCGUCCAGCUCCAACUGUGAGCACGAGUGCAGCCAGCCUGCGCCCUUCCAGCUCCGCCCCCAGCUCCACCUCCCCGGCCCCUAGCAGGCCAGCAGCCACAGGCCCCCGGCCCUCAGAGUGCGGCCGGCGCCCCGGUUUCGCCAAGCCCACAAAAAUUGUGGGUGGUCUGGAAGCAUCCCACGGAGAGGUGCCUUGGCAAGUCACCCUGAAGGAGGGUCUCCGGCAUUUCUGCGGGGCCGCCAUCAUUGGGGAGCGAUGGCUACUCUCAGCUGCACAUUGCUUUAACCACACCAAGGUGGAGCACCUCACCGCCUUCGCAGGCACCACCUCACUAUCGGCCACAGACAGCUCUUCCGUGAAGGUUGGCAUCAAACAGGUGGUGCUUCACCCUUUCUACAACCCCGCCCUGCUGGACUUCGACGUGGCGGUGCUGGAACUGGCUGGGCUGCUGCCCUUUGGCAAAUACAUCCAGCCCAUCUGCCUCCCGCUGGCUGUCCACAAGUUCCCCGCGGGCAGGAAGUGCCUGGUCUCGGGCUGGGGCAGCCUCCAGGAUGGCAACGCAUCUCAGCCAGAGAACCUGCGCCGUGCCACAGUCGGGAUCAUCGAGCAGAAGACUUGCAACGCGCUCUACAACUUCUCCCUCUCCGACCAGAUGAUCUGCGCUGGGUUCCUGGAGGGAAAAGUGGACUCCUGCCAGGGGGACGCCGGGGGGCCUCUGGCCUGCGAGGAGACCCCGGGCACCUUCUACUUGGCUGGGCUGGUGAGCUGGGGUGCUGGCUGCGCGCAGGCCAAGAAGCCCGGGGUCUAUGCCCGGAUCACCAAACUCAAGAGCUGGAUCCUGGACAUUGUUUCACCCUGUCUCAGCACCACACCACCACUCAGACCCAGGACCACCUCCAGCUUCAUAGCAGCUGCCUCCAGCCAGGCUCCUCUGGACCAAAGGGCUACGUGGCUUGGCCCAAGCACCAGCACUAUCAGCUUGACCACAACCGGGCUGGCAGUCAGCAUCCCCAAGGCCACCCAGCCGCCAGGUAUGGGGCAGGAAGAAAAGGCUCAGUUGGGGAGAGCGCUGGUCUGGCCUGCCCAAUCUUCAGCCCCCACUUUGGCCUCUUCCCCUUCUCUGGUAGACUGCGGCUUAACCCCAGCUGCAGCCUUCAGCAAGAUCGUGGGGGGCAGUGGCGCAGCACGGGGGGAGUGGCCGUGGCAGGCGAGCCUGUGGCUGCAGCAAAGACAGCACACUUGUGGGGCCGUCGUGAUCGCCGAGCGGUGGCUGCUUUCAGCCGCUCACUGCUUUGACGUGUACAGCAACCCGAAGAUGUGGGUGGCUGUCCUGGGGACGCCCUUCCUGAGCGGCCUUGAUGGGCGAGUGGAGAAGAUUGCUCGGAUCCACAAACACCCGUUCUACAAUGGCUACAUGCUGGACUAUGACAUGGCCCUGCUGGAGCUGGCCUCUCCCCUGCGCUACAGCAGCACCGUCAGACCCAUCUGCCUCCCAGACCACACACACGUCUUUGGCGAGGGCAGGCGCUGCACCAUCACCGGCUGGGGCUCCACCAAGGAGGGGGGCCUCAUGACCACACACUUGCAAAAGGCUGCCAUCCAGGUGAUCGGAGAACAAGACUGCAGGAGGUUCUACCCUGUCCAGAUCAGCAGCAGGAUGCUUUGCGCCGGCUUCCUGCAAGGGGCUGUCGACAGCUGCUCGGGUGAUGCCGGCGGCCCCUUGGCCUGCAAAGAGCCUUCUGGCCGCUGGUUCCUGGCAGGCAUCACCAGCUGGGGCUACGGCUGCGCACGGCCUUACUUCCCUGGGGUCUACGCCAAGGUUACCGCAGUCCGGGGCUGGAUUAGGCAGAACCUCAAGGCGUAACCCUGCUGCCCACCCAGUCCAGCAGCGCCACAGCCCACAGGGACUGACCACUUCACAGCCCUGAUCCUGCCAGAGCCCUUUUCUGAGAACAAGGAGAU